AUGGCAGCUAAACACUUUUACCAAAAAGGUUUUUUAUUACUUUUAUUUAAUUUUAUUUCAACCGCCGCCCUGGAGAAGCGAUUCUCCGACUUUAAAAGAUGCGCCGACGAGGAGUGCAGCAUGCUUCUAUGUCGUGGAAAAGCAGUAGAAGAUUUUAAAGGACCAGACUGUCGGUUCCUGUCAUUCAAGAAAUCUGAAACGGUUUAUGUAUACUAUAAAUUGUCAGGAAAAAGGGCUGACAUUUGGGCUGGAAGCGUUGGAAGUCACUUUGGUUAUUUUCCAAUGGACCUUCUGGCUGUCAACCAUGUUUAUACGGAUAAAGAAGUUGAAGCUCCAGCAGAGGAAACAGAUUUUGUCUGUUUUGACACAGGAUUUGACCAAUUUGACAACUAUGAUAUAGAUUCACUGCUGGGUUUUUCAAAUGAGGAAGGUUUGGAUAUAAAUAAAGGGAAUUCCGACCAAACACACGUGUCAGAAGACACAAAUCUACUAGAAGAGAAGGUGGUGAUCGACAGUGAAAAACGAGCUGAGGAUAACGUCAUGGACCCAGACGGUCAAAGUGCCUCUUUUCUCCAACACAAUGUACAAGAUGUAUUUCAAGAUAAAGUGCCUGACAUACAACUUAUACCCGAUGACACUGAAAAUGCUGCUGAAGACGAAAAGAAUGAGAAAAUAACCACCAUAGACACUUUUUUUGAUGACGCGGAGUUUAAGAAGCAUGAAACCAAAGAUUUUCAUGAAGACAAAUCUCUACCCAGUGAAGAUAUUGUGUCAGAACACAUUACAGACUCAACCUCUCAAGGAGAGAAAAUCUCUGAGGUGAAAACUAGUUUUGGAUUUACUUUUGAUGCUGUUACUACAGAUGCUGAAGCCACGACUAAAGUGACUUCGUAUGAAGAGGAAGCGAAUGAAGAGUUUGAAGAUCAUUCUGAACAGCACGGAGAUGCAGAGGAAACCAGUCCAACUUUAUUGCUAUCUUUGUCAGAGGAAGAACAUGUUGAUACUUCCAGCGUUACAAGCGGUGGAAAAUCAAAACUGGCUGAAAAGGUCAUGUCAAAGGCAUUUGAGAAGACUUUUUCACCUGUGAGUGACAGAGAGUGGACUGAAAAAGAAAGAAGUUCAGAAAAAGAUUGGGAGCAAGCGCCUGAGUCAGAAACACCUUUGAGUUAUGCGGAACUGCAAGAAGACACAGCAGCAGAGAAUUUCGAACCAGUCCCUGGAGAUUCACAUCCUAAAGAAAAUGAGAAGCUAGAUAACUUGGAUCAAUUCCAUACAGGGUCACUUGAUUCAGUCACUGUAGAUCUUAGAGAUCAAGAAGCCCCAGAGAUCCUAGAUCAGAUCCCUUCAGAUUCACCCGAUUCUGUUCAUGAGGAUCCCAGAGCAACAGUGGUUGAGGAACUCUUGUUUGAUCAAGAGGAUGAUGGUGGCGGCCAAGUGAUCAAACCAGAGGAAACUCUUGGUGAAACACCAAAAAUUACUGAUACGCCGAUGAGUCAAGGUGAGAGUGAAGUUCACAGUACAUUUGAUCCUGUAUCAAACAAAGCAACUCAGAAUGAAUUGCACAAGAAAGUCACAGAUGGACACAGCACUGACAAAGAGGAGACCGAAGUCGUCGGUGUCACUGAAGAAUAUACACAUGACAGUAGCGUUGCAAUGAAAGAAAAUGGCAAAUUGGAAGAAUCUUUUAGUGAAAAUGACAUUGAAAUACAAGAAGAAUUAAUCACCCCGGGGAAAAAAAGUGAUGUGCCUUCAGAGGAGACUCAUUCCCUUGAUCCAAUGAACACUCCUGAUGAUAAGGAAGUGGAAAACAGCAUUCUAAUCCAUCAGCAUUUACACGCAGAUAUUGAACGUGAUCAUCAGAAUAAUUCACACAUACCUGAAGAACAACUGAAUGUAAAGACGAAAAACACAGAGAUGGAUGAAGAGAAAUAUGAGGAACGAGAAGAACUACUUGAAGAUGAAAAUGCACUUUCUGUCUCGCAGUCGUACGAUGCAGACACUAUCAACCCCUUGCCAACAGCCGAGCCAGUCUACAGUGACAGUGUGCUGAGGUUGACACUGUUGCAGGAUUAUUACACUGAAGAGAAGAUGGCACGUUUGCAGAAGUUUCUGGGUCUCAAAAAUCUCUUCAAAGUGGAGUCUAUGUUCUCAGACCUGGACACUGAGUUAAAGGCUGCUCGUCUCACACAUUCAGGGACUGUGCAAGAACUAGAGGAUGCACUCGAGAACAUUUUAGAAACCUCCGAAAAUGCAAUUUUGGAUGAAAUUGAGAAAAUGCUGGAUAGCCGACACUCCAACUAUGAUGAUGAACAGAGAAUGGAGAUGAUAGAUGAUGAAACUGAAAUACUGGAUGACUUCCAGGAAUUGGCAUUUAGUUUAAGACAGAAGUAUUCUUUAGCAAAGGAUAGUGCUCCUUUGGCAGAAGAGAAAGCGGAAGUUAAUAGCGACCAAGACCAACCUGACUUGAGCAUCAAAGAUGAUAUGCCUGACAUUGUUAAAAUGGAGUCAGAGCCUGACUUGCCAGAGGUGGAACCUGACAGGCCAGAGAUGGGGAUUGAUGUCAACCAUACAGUAACCGAGCUUGUGAAAGAGGCUGUAGAGAUUGAAAAAGAAGUUCCAAUCUUCUUUGAUGAAGGGAGUACUGGACCGGAUAGUAGCGUGGGGGCAGAUGGUGGAAACUUCAACAAAAACCAAGAAAAUCAACGUUUGAUCCCGUCUGAUGAGCUGCAAAAGUUUCCUCAAGCCACUUUGGAAAGUUCAUUAGACAAGGGUCUUGGCGAGGUUGAGCACUCAUCCUCAGGGUCUUUGGAUUCCUUUGAGCCACUGACGGAAUUACAUGAGGAAGAAGUGGGAUUGCUCUCAGAAAUCUUGACUUUUAUGGGUUGUGCAGUUGCAAUGAUCAAGGCUAAAGUUGCAGAGUGGACCAUUCUUAUGAUUUCACUACUGCCAGAAGAGUGGAAGCCAGGAGAUACCUUGUUUGGCUGUCCUUGGCAGGCUGUUAUUAUCACUGCUGUAGUUGGAAUACUGACGUUCACCAUCUUCUUCUGGAAAACUGUACUAGCGGUAAAGAAAAGGGAAUAUCUAGUGGAUGAGAAACAGCUGGCCGAUCAAAUCCAAGCACUUAAGAGGGAGAAAAAUGAUGUAUUGACCCGAAUGUCUGAACUCCAGAAGCAGACAGAAGACCUAAAAGAAACCCAAAAGGAGUCUGAAGAGACUGUUAGUUGUACAAUGAAAAAGAUGCAAAAACUGGAGAAUCAGGUUUUGGCUGCCGAAAAAAAGCAUGAGAAAAUGGUGGAGGAAAAGAGAACAUACCAAAAACUACUCGACGAAGAGAAAGAAAACUCCGUACAAAUUGGAAACAGGAUCCAAAAAUUGGAGAAGUCAAACGAGAAGCUUGAGCUGAGCAGAAAAAAAGUCCAGGAAGCUUUAGCUAAGACGACCGUCCUUUUGGAUGAGGCCAAGAUCAGGGAAGAUGCACGCAGUGUUCAGCACAAAUGCCUUGCUAAAGAGUAUGCAACACUGAAAGAAGAAAAUAAAAAUCUUAAGGUAACCAUUAAAGGGUGGGAGGACAAACACACAACGCUGAGUGAGCAAAUUAAAGGCUACCAGAAGGCGCAGAAAGAGCUGGAGGACUCUGUGGUGCUCAAAGAUCACAAUGUGGAGGUAUUGUCUGAGCUCUUGGCAGAUCUCGAUGCCUGUGAGUUGCAAAAAAGUGAUGGUCGUGUAUUAGUGAAUGGCGAAGUAGCACCUGAUAAGAAGACUGCAGUGAAGAACAGGAUCAAACUGAUGAUGGAUGUCUCAAGGGUCCAAACUACGCUCGCAGUAAUUGAGGAGGAACGGGACCGCUUCAUGUCUAAACUGCUUAAUGAGGAAAAGAGUAGAAAGGCUCUGGAAGAAAAACACCAGGAGCUUGAACAUAGCAUCGCAACCCUCAAAAGUGAAAAGAGCCAUGUGGAAAACCAGUUCAAUAUGCUCCAGCAGAAGAAUGAAAUUAUGGUGGAAAUGUAUCAGCAAAAGGAAAACGCUCUGCAACAAAGGCUCACCAAGGAGGAGCUUGAGCGCCGCAGCAAAGAGAGCAUGCUGUCUGAGGUGGGCGGAAAAGCUGUGGAGGCAGAGGAACAGGUCAAAGUUCUGCGUCAGCGAAUUAAUGAGAUGGAAGAGCAAAUGAAGAAGACUGAAGAAGUCUAUAAAGAACAGAUAAAAGAACAGGAAAAUAAGACUCACUCCAACUGGGUGAACGCUCGUAACGCAGAGCGGGCUUUGAAUCAGGAGAAGCUUGAAUCGUCAAAGCUGCGCGAGAAGCUGGCAGCACUGACCUCUCAGCUGAAUGAGCGCCGUGCUCCUCUCUUCAGACCUAACUCUGGACAAGCUGCUGGCCCUCGACAAGGCGAUUCAUACGGGCCUUCCCCAGUGAGUGGGGGGGCGCCAUCACCACCAUUAAUGAUUGAGGGUCCUAGGCGCCCUCCCUCUGCCCCAGUGGGGCGAAGAGUUGACCCGUAUGGUCCACGGCCUCCAUCAGACCCACACAGUCGUUAUCCUGGGAUGGAUAUGUCGGGCCCUCGGAGUUCAUCACCUGCCAACAUGGAUGCUUCUACCCAAGCAGUAGAUGCGCUCAUAAAAGAUGAGGCCGAUGCUGAGGCUGAUGCCUCCAAAGAGGCUCCUGAGGCAGGCCCUGCAUCCUUCAUAGCAUCGCCCAUCAGGGACUCGCCUGGCCCCAUGAGUCAAGGACCGCCACCGCCCGGUCCAGGCCCCCACGAUCCACACUUCCCUCCAGGGCCGCACGGCCGAUUGCCAUCCAGUGGUCCUUACAGACCUCCGAGACCGCCCCUCUACCAUCCGGGACCCGGACUCCGCGGACCUCCUCCAAAUGUGCCUCUCCCUCCUCCCGGGCCGCCGCUGCCUGCCAAUGGGCACCCGGGGAUGCCUUUGCCUGGGCCGAUGGGAGGAGACUUUCCGCCUCGACCUGCCAACGGACACACAUUCCAUCCCAGGCUCGGACCAGGUCACAUCAUCGAUCCUCGGGGUGCCCCGCCACCACCCUUCCGUCCGCCUCUGCCUCAUCAUUAUGGGCCGAUGCCACAUGGUCCCCGUGGACCUAUGGGACCUCGUCCAUCGUUCCCUCCUGACGUGCGUUUUCCAGGACCGCGCGAGCACAGCAGCCACCUGGCGGACCUGCCUCCGGGUGUCCCGCCACAAUUUCGUCACAGCGAAGCCUUUGGUCAGCCUCCAGCCAACGCCCCCCACGGCUCAGUAGAAGCUGUGCCCCCAAAGCAGGAGGCCUCUCAGGACUCAGGGAGGCCAUCCAUGGUCGAGCCUUAA